GGCAAACUCGGGCAAGCUCCCAGCGGCGAACGAGCAAUGCAGGGCUACGGACAACAGCCGUACUAUGGACAGCAGCCGCAGCAACAGCCGCAGCAAGCCGGGCAGGCGUAUGGUCAGCCGAUGCAGCCCCAGGCGACGGGCUACCCAGGCAUGCAGCAACAGCCCGGCUCAUUCUACGGCGCUCAAGCCCAGGCACAGCAGCAGCAGCCUCCGCCAAUGCUACAGCAGCCUAGCUUCCUCUCGACUCAGCCGACCGGCUAUGGUGCGAUGGGCAUGAUGCAGCCUCAGCCGACGGGCUAUAUGAGGCCUCAACCGACCGGCUUUGGUGGUUCACAGCUUGGCUCCAACUUGCCAGCGCCAGGUCAGCCCUCGAUGUACAUGCAGCAGCAGCAACAGCAGAGCCAAGCUACUCGUCCCAAUGUCGUCUCUGCCCAGGGCAACUUCAUGAGUGGUCCCUCGACCGGACAGCUCACGCCCAUGCCUCAGAUGCAGCGCCCAAUGUCGACCGGCUACCCUGGUCAGGCAACCAACGUCAGCGGUCUCAUGCCGCAGCAGACGGGCUACCCUGGUUCGUCUGUCUUUGGUCCCGGAGCGAUGAUGGGCGGUGGUAUGGGCGCCAUCGGCUCGACGUUUGUCAAUACGUUCCUACCCGCCAAUCCUGCUCAGGUGCCUCAGUAUCAGCAAAUGGGUGGUCAUUUACAAUUUAAUACGAGCGGACUGGGUGGACAAUCGCUUCAACAGACUGUCGCGCAGAGGAAUGAGCAACAACUUGGUACUGCGAACGUCAAAGUCCCGUGGGCGCUGACUGCGGACGAGAAGAAGAAUUACGAUCAGAUUUUUCGUGCUUGGGAUGUGCAAGGGACGGGCUUCAUUAGUGGCCAAAUGUCGAAGGAGGUCUUUGGUCAGGCUGGCAUCGACCGCGAUGAUCUUAUGAAGAUCUGGAAUCUCGCCGAUACAGAAAAUCGGGGCAAGCUCAAUCUAGCGGAAUUCCACGUAGCGAUGGGCCUGAUCUAUCGACGACUCAACGGCAAUCCUGUCCCGGACAUUCUGCCGGCUGAGCUUGUGCCACCUUCAGCACGGGACUUGGAUACAUCUGUCGACUUCCUCAAAGAUCUUCUCAAGAAUGACAACCAACAAAGAGCGGCGAGCGCAUCCAAGUUUCCAGACAUUUCAGGCAACGGUAGCGUCAACAAAGCAAAAGUGCACUCGUUCAGAGAUACCGCCUCUCCUCCCACUCGCAAAGACGCGACAAUCUACAAACAUGAUGAUACAGAUACGACUACCUAUCGCUCGGGUAGUCGUCAUAUAGACCGCAGCCGCGUACGCUUCGGCGGCAAUACUUCUUCAGAUCUAGACGACAUGAAGCGACAGCUCAGCAGCAGUGAAGCAAUGCUUCGAGAUACUCGCUCGAACGAAGAAGAGGAUGAAGCGCUGCAAGACGAGAAAGACGAGCUUAUGCUGCAGAUCCGCCGGGUUCAAGAGGAUAUCGAACGCAACCGUCGUGCGCGUCCAUCGGAUCGCAAGGAUACGGAGCGACGCAAGCUCGAGCGUGAUCUGGAUUAUCUGCGCCUAGACAAGCUGCCCCAACUCGAGGAUAAGAUCGCAGAACGAGAAAAGCAGAAGGCCCGCGAGAGGCGGAAAGAAGCGAUCGAACGCGACGAGCGAGCCAAUCGCAAACGAUUCGAUUUGCCUCCGCGAUCGAGCCGGAAGAAGCCAUCGUCACGUUACGACAGUGCAGACGAUGAUGAUGACGAGGACUAUGCCUCGAGACGUCGCGACGAUCGCCGGUCCGCGAGAUCCUCAAGGCGACGAGACAGCGACUCUGGCGGAUCCAGCCCGGACAGACGUGACCGUCCGCGCAGUAGAGAUCGAAAGCCGGCCUCGCCGCCGCCGAAAGCUCGCGAAGCGCCAGCGAAGCCGGCACCAUCAUCUCCAAAACCAGCAGUAAGCUCGCCGCCGCCUCCACCGCCUCCCCAAUCACCGCCAGCUUUGCAGACGGCAGAAGACCGUGCUGCAUUCAUUCGCGCAGAAGCCCAGCGAAGAGUACAAGAACGACUCAAAGCGCUUGGUCUUUCGAGCGGUAGCGCAGCAGCCCCCUCACCGGACACGAGCUUGGCCGCUCGCAUGCAGCGAGAGCAAGCUGAAGCUGCAGAACGAAGCGCGCAAGCGGACAAGGACGCAUCUGAGCGUGAGGCUCAACGGCAAUUGCGACUCGAAAAGGAACGCAUGAAGGACGUCAAGGCGGAAGAAGCUCAGAUCAAGCUGGCUAGUAAUGCGGUCCAGCAAGUCUCUGACGAGGUCACAGGGUCGAGCAUGGCCGCUCCUUCAAGCACGGGUGCUGUGCAAAAAGCUGCUCGCGAAGCCCUCGAGCGCGAAGAAGCGUCUGUCAGAGAGCAAGCGGAAGCUCUCGAGCGGGAAAAAGCUGCUCGCCAAGCUCACAUCGCCAAGCUGGAGGAGGAGGUAGCCGCUGCCAAGGAGCAAGAGGCCAACUUUGCUCGAAGCAAAGCAGCUUUCUCUGCGAAGCCGGCUGCUAAAGCUGCACCACCACCGCCGCCUGCCUCACGCAAGCGAGCGCCACUUGCGUCAAUGGCUACCGCACCCGCGAGCGCGCCUGUACCGCCGCAGGCACCUCCUGCGCCGCCCGCCCCUCAGAUACCUGCUCCAUCACCGCCGGCGGCAGCGCGAGCAGUCGUCGAAGCGCCUGCCGCGCUACCUGCUCCAUCUGCGCCCGCACAGCCUGCUGGAAGCAGCUCAAGCAAUCCGUUUCAUCGCAUGGGCGCUAGCGUAUCGCCACAGCCAAUAGCCAAUGGUACAGGCAGCAACCCAUUUUACCGGCCGAACGGUGCCUCUCCGGCACUGUCCAAUACGCCCUCGGAGCCGCCCCGUGCGCCUGCUUUCAAGAAGCCUGCGACAGAUGAUGAUGACGGCUGGGAUGCGCCCAAGGAAACCAGCGACAAUGACAGCAGCGAUGACGAAGGGGCUUUAUCUUCGCGCGCCAGACGCGCAGGCCUGGCCAAUGUCAUCUUUGGCGGCAUCAUGCCUCCCACUUCGCGUCCAGCCUCCAGCCAAGCGACGGAGGCGCCGAAACCCCCGCCUGCGCCCAAAGCGCCUGUAGUCAUUGCAACUACUAGCGAACCGCCGCCUCGAGGCGCUUUGCUGGGCGAGAUCCAAGGCGGUCUCAAGCUGCGUAAGGCCCAAACGAACGAUCGAAGUACUGCUGGUAUCGCAGGCAGGGUCAUCGGUGACCCUUCGCCACCCGUGCAGACUUAUGUCCAACCGCCUUCACCUGUCGCGCCGCCAACGCCUAUUACAGAGCAGCCAAGAAGCGUGCCUGCUCCCGUUCUGCCAUCAGCGGAGAGCUCAGAUGACGAAGCCGAUUUCGCUGACGCCUCGGCCGGCCUCCAAAGGUCAGCGAGUCCAGACCCCGCUCCGUCAGACAACUAUGACCGUUCACGUAGCGAACGGUGCUAUGCAGUCUACCCUUACGACGAUCCGAGCAAACCAGGAGACAUCUCUGUCGACGAGAACGCUGUCCUCAAAACCCAUCGCGCGCUCGACAACACAGACUGGCUCUAUGCGAUCGCAGAAUCUGGGUCUGCAAAGGGCUGGCUACCGGCCACAUAUGUCCAGCCCGUCACAAAUUCACGACACACGAAAGCAUUAUACGCAUAUCAAGCAACCUCGUCAGAGGAGAUCGAUCUGAAUGAAGGCGAGACCAUCGAGGUGUUUGGUGAUUCGGACUCGGACUGGACGAAAGCCAUCAAGGCAGGACGAAUAGGCCUCGUCCCCUCGGCUUACCUGGAAUCAGAGGGGAGCAAAGCAAUGGACCUUUCGCCUCCUAUCCAAAGCCGGUCAGACUCUGCUUCGUCUGCCGAUGACGACGACGAGGAGUCCGACUCGGAUAGUGAGGACCGCCAAGCUGAUGCAGAAGCAAGGCAGAAGGAAAGGAUGCGCGUGCUCGAAGCGGCUGGCCUGCUGCAGAAGACGCGUCUGGAACGGAGAGCUGCACCAGAGCCGCCGCCCAAAUCCUCCCCGCUCACAAAGCCCAUACGUGCGAGCAGUGCGAGCGAAGACGCAGCGAGAGCGACGGACGAUGCUUACGACCGAUGGCAGAAGCUGCAAAAAGAUCUACCUGCUGUGCCGCCCAUCGCAUCCGUGCCUGUACUGUCCACGCCACCCGCGGCAGAUCGCACGAGCCCAGUACUAUCGGACACGCACAAGUCGAGUCGCACAGCCGCGCUCUUGUCGUGGGUCACUGGUGCCACGCAAGGCAGGUCUUCAGCAGGCUCGCCAUCGACUGACAAGUUGCGCGUCAGUGGGCCACUCAACCGCUCGCGUUCGGGCUCAGACGUCACAAGCAUUCCUGCUGUUACGAGCGCAAUGGGCCGGUCGUGGUCGAGCUUGAUCGAGCCAAGUGCAUUACAAGAUGUGCCGGACCAAGAACGAAAGCGACAGGAGAGCAUCUUUGAGCUCAUUGAGACGGAGAAGGCCUACGUGCGCAAUCUACAGCUGACCGUUCAGACAUUCUAUGCGCCGCUGGAGCCUGUGCUGGGAAGCGAAGCAUCGCAAGCUAUCUUUGCCAACCUAGAAUCCAUUCUCGUCUUCAACACGAUGUUGCUGAGCGAUCUCGAGGCACGUCAAGCCGACGCCCGGCUUUACGUUGACAGGAUUGGCGAUGUCGUCUUGCGCCAUGCCCAAGACCUCGAAGUCUAUUUGCCGUAUUGCAGCAAUCAGAGCAAUGCCAACACCUGUCUGACGGAGCUGAAGCGGUCCAACGCACAAGUCGCAAAGAUUUGCGAGGAGUCUCGCAUCAAAGACUUGGAGCUCGAGCACUUUUUGCUGCUGCCCAUGCAGCGGCUGACACGCUAUCCGCUUCUGCUGCAGCACAUCCUGCAUUACACUGACGAGCAUCAUCCGGACCAAGUCGAUCUAGCAAAGUCGACUGCCAUUGCGGAAGCAGUCCUGAAGACGACAAACGAGAAUAUCCGACGUCAGGAGAGCGACAGCGUGCUUGCCCAUCUAUCGCAGACGCUUCACUUUGCAGGCUCGUCAACGGGCAUCGAUCUGACGGGCAACACACGUCGACAAGGGCCUCGCUUGAUGUUGCAAGAAGGCACGCUGACGAAGAUCAGGAGUACGCGCUCGAGCAAGCUGCAAGCCUAUCUCUGCAAUGAUAUCCUGCUUCUCGUCUCGCCGCCCGACCAGAUCUACAAGAAUCCCCUGCCACUCGAAGAGUGUUCUGUCCAUGCCGACAAUCGAGAUGACUGUACUUUUCAGGUGCGCUAUCAUGGCACGACGGUCAGACUGCGCGCGGGAACGGCGAGGUUGGCCAUGGCCUGGCUCAAAGACAUCACCAAGGCUCAAGCCGACUGUCUGGCCGCUCGGUCAAGCUAG